GAAAAAAAAAGUAGUCCACGAUCCUUAACCUGCACCCUCGGACAUGGCUGCUUCUUUUUCCUAUGAUCACACGUUUUGUUUUCUCAAACAUUUUAAGAAAAAAUUGCUCUUUUUUCAUCAUUUUGUCCUUAAAAUGCUUCUUUUUUACCUGAACCCCACUUGUAACUCUUAGGCAUUUGCAAGAUAACAAGUCAUACCCAAAUCAAGAAUGAAGCUUUCUUAUCGUUUCAGUGUUUUCAGCUUCAUUUUCUGCCUUCUUGCAUGUGGGGCCUUUUCUAUUGAUAAGUUUCAUCAAGCGUUUCCUAUUGUAGAGCCCGAUACUGGUCACACAAAACUUCGCCUUGCAAGAGAAGGACUAGAGGCAAUCGAGAGGAUAACAACACCCAUUGCAGCUGUUGCUGUAAUUGGUCCAUAUCGUUCAGGAAAAUCAUUCCUCCUUAAUCAGCUUCUUUCCCUUUCUUGUAAUGAAGGUUUUGGUGUUGGACAUAUGCGUGAUACUAAGACAAAAGGGAUAUGGAUUUGGGGUACUCCAAUAGAAUUGGGCAUUGAUGGAGUAAAAACUUCUGUUUUCUACCUUGACACUGAAGGUUUUGAAAGUGUUGGAAAGUCUAAUGUAUAUGAUGACCGGAUUUUUGCUCUUUCAACUGUUCUGAGUUCCGUGCUUAUAUAUAAUCUACCUGAGACGAUCCGUGAAGCUGACAUAUCGCGACUGUCAUUUGCAGUUGAACUUGCUGAAGAGUUCUAUGGAAGAGUUAAGGGGCAAGACGUUGCUUUUGAACCAGCAAAACUCCUAUGGCUUAUCCAGCGUGAUUUUCUACAAGGAAAAUCUGUGCAAGAAAUGGUCAACGAAGCUUUGCGACGAGUCCCUAAUAGUGAUGGUAAUAAAAAUAUUGAUAAGGUGAAUCAGAUUCGAGAUUCAUUAGCUGUAUUGGGUGACAAUAGCACAGCCUUCAGCUUACCACAACCUCAUCUUCAGCGUACGAAGCUUUGUGACAUGAAAGAUGCUGACCUGGAUCCUGAUUAUGUCAAGAAGAGGGAACAAUUGAAAGAAGUUGUUGCAUCUAUUAUUCGUCCAAAGAUUGUUCAGGGUAAAUCUCUCAAUGGGAAGGAGUUCGUGUCGUUCCUUGAGCAGAUACUUGACGCCUUGAAUAAAGAAGACAUUCCAUCUACGGGCUCCCUUGUGGAGGUCUUCAACAAGGGUAUUUUAGAGCGGUGUUUAAAACUGUAUACCGCGCAGAUGGCUAACAUGGUUUUACCAAUGCAAGAGGAGUCUUUGCAGAAAGCUCAUGAAGAGCACAGAGACGCAGCGAUGAAAGUUUUUGAUGAACAGCAUUUUGGUCGUCGCCAUGCAAGGAAAUCAGUCGAUCAACUGGAAGAGGAGAUUGCAAAGGUAUAUAAGAAUAUCAUGUUGGCAAAUGAAUAUCAGUCCUCGAAGCUGUGUGAGGCUUUGUAUUCCAGAUGCGAGGACAAAAUGGAUGAACUUCAGGCCCUCAGACUUCCUUCAAUGGCAAAAUUUAAUGCUGGCUUCCUCCAAUGCAACCAAAGUUUUGAAAGAGAAUGCGUCGGGCCUUCUAAAAGCAGCUAUGAACAGCGGAUGAUGAAGAUGUUGGGGAAGUCAAAAUAUUUAUUCAUCAAAGAAUAUAAUCAGAGACUGUUUAAUUGGCUGGUGGUUUUUUCACUUGUCAUGGUGGUGAUAGGGCGGUUCGUUAUAAAGUUCUUUCUGGUGGAGCUUGGUGCAUGGAUACUUUUUAUCUUCUUAGAAACAUAUACAAGGAUGUUUUGGUCCGAUGAGUCGCUUUACUACAAUCCAGUCUGGCAUUCUUUUCUAGCAACUUGGGAAACACUCGUGUAUAAUUCAGUUCUUGAUCUGGACAGAUGGGCAAUUCCCAUUUGUGUGAUAGCUGCAAUAUUUGUGGUUUAUUGGCGAUGUUACGGGACUAUGAAACACGGUCCUCGGUGGUCGUUACCUGUGCACAACAAUCACAAAGAUCAGCAAAGAUCUGAGUAAAUUCGAGGCUUUUCAUUUUUAUUACAAAGUCGGAGGCAGAUCUAGGGCGGGUUUGCUGGUUCAAGUGAUCCCAGCUAGACUAUGUAUGUAUGUAUGCAAAAAGGAAAAAAGAAAAGUACUUUAUACAUAUACAUAUACAUAUACAUAUGGUACAAAGGAUAGGCAGAAGACCUCAACAAGUCAUGAAAUUUGUUGUAACAGUUGAAGAUGUUGUAAUUCUAUUAGUAUUCGUUAUCUUUUACUCUUACAAAUUACAAGACAAGUAUGCCGAGCUUCUACUUCCCCUCUAACUUGUAAUUGUCGCUUACUGCUUCUUACUCUAGUUUUCCAGUGCAUUUCUCCGUCCGAAUUGGAAGAAAUAUGUUUUCGAACCUUCUCUUUAAAAUUCAAAAUGGUUAUUCCUAUGUGAAUCUCAAGAAUUACUUGUUCUGAUUCUACCUAUUGAUCGUUUUGAACUAAAAGCAAUCUUUUGGUAACAGGGAAAGAGGAAAAUAUUUACUGAAAGAUGUUUUCUUUCCUACUGAUUCUAAAAUCAAGCCGUUGUUAGAAAACAUAAAAGAACA